AUUGUUUUAGAGUCGCAAUUGGUUUCAAUCAUGUUGAACCUUUACCUAUAUCUCACCCUAUGUUGGAUAGGAUGGAUGGCUUUGUCUUGCUGUGGAGAGAAACAUCAACAUCAUUGUAAAUAUGGAGGCCUCACUACCAAUCACACAAACGUUCCAGGCCCGCCUCGCAUUAAAAUACCUAAGUGCAAUCCAUCCCAAAUAGUUGACGGUCAUUUUGUGAUGACAUGCGAGGUGCUUGCGAAUCCUGCAGCUAUAAUCACAUGGCAACACAAUGGUAAAACAUUGACACCCGAAGAUUUUCAGAAGAUCGACAAACUGAGCUGCAACCAGAGAUUUGAAAUCUCUAAUGUACUGAAAGAACACAGUGGCGUAUAUACAUGUACUGCUACCAAUAGUUUUGGUAGUACGAACAAGACUUGUACUCUAAGUGUGGAAGAUAAGAAAUGCCCAUUAGUCCACGCUGGAAUAKAUUUUGUUCGAACAUCUUUGAAAAAGGGUAACGUUUUAAGAGCAGGAUCAUCAMUGAACAUCACUUGCACUGUGCACAACAAACGGUUGAUCUUCUGGCGGAAAGAUGGUAAGGUUUAUACAGGAGCGCCACGGAUCCAGGGCCCCUCUUCGUCUACUAUUAUAUUUGCUCGUGUUAAUGCAAGCGACAGUGGUAAUUACACAUGCAUCGCACGUGGUUAUCAAUCAAACUGUGAGGUCCAAAGGUCGAAAUAUCUCCAAGUAGUUGAUUCAUUGGCAACUUCUGAGAAGAGAUCAAAAGCUGUUCAAGCAGAAAUUCAAGCGAUUUUGUCUCAUUUCGUAGUGUUGUUCUGGAUUGGUUCCCACAUAUAGAAAGCCAUCCAAAAUAACACUACGAAGUUCAACUGACAAAGCGUAAAGAAUCUUGAUUUGGGAGAUACGCAGUAAUUGAUUGCUUAAAAUCGAUUAUUAAUAUAAAGUUAUAUAUUAGCGCCUCGGCACAUCCGCAGGUCAAUUAUAUCCCUACCGUACUACUCUURGACCUGGCUCAGAAUGAUUAAAAUAUCAAUAUUGGAAUCGGAUCUCUGAAACACUAAUCAAUCAUAAAACAUCGGAAUGAUAGUGAGCAUACCAUCAACAGCGAUAUACGUAUGGUCAAAAUAACUAUUCCAAAAAUAUUUCCUACCCUAUACAACCAAUUUCACGGUCAUUCUAUGUGUACAAAUGUCUUUAUUACAAAUAAAAUACCUUUCUUCGCAUAACAAA